AUGGCCAGCUGGCAGCUGCGGACCGCUUUAGCGAACUUUGCCGUGUCCGAGUUCACCCCGAGCCCGGGCGAACUACAAAGUGAACUGGCCUUGGGUGCGUCCUCUAGUCCUGCUGGAACACCCCUGCUUCAAGUGGUAAUUGUAACUGGCUUAUUUUCACCAGUGACGGCCUCAUCCAACUCUUCAUCAAGCUUUGUUUCCGCCACCUUAGGCGCGUCCGCCACAACUGCUAGUGUCAUCACCGUUCCGAUCUCUAGCUAUUCAUUCAUUCCGUACCCUGCACCUACUCUUAAACCUUACCCCCCGGUUUUCCUUGCAACUGAUCCCUUGACCCCUCCCGAUGUCAGCAGUGAUCCGCAAAUUGUGCCCGAUUUCACGCAUGCAUGGGCUAUUGCCUACAAAAAGGCCAAAAAGCUCAUAUCGGAUUAUACCAUCGAGGAAAAAGUCAACAUCACCACUGGUGCGGUUGUAAAUCAGUUAUGUGUCGGUAACAUCCCACCCAAUAAGAAUUUCCCCGGUUUGUGUUCUAAUAAUGGCCCCCUCGCUGUCUCUGUAACCGACUUCACGACUUUAUUCCCAGCUGGGAUUCAUGUAGCGUCCACCUGGAAUCGCGCUCUGAUGCGUGCUCGUGGCCUGGCUUUAGGUCAGGAGUUCAAGGGCAAAGGCAUCAACAUUGCUCUUGGCCCCAUGAUGAAUGUGGGCCGCAUCCCUCAAGGCGGCCGCAAUUGGGAGGGUUUCGGUGCCGACCCUUUCCUGACUGGCGAAUCUGCGUAUGAGACGAUUCUAGGCAUGCAACAAGGCGGAGUACAAGCAACCGCCAAGCAUUUCAUAAAUAACGAGCAGGAGCACUUCCGUAAUCAAGCAUCCUCAAACGUCGAUGACCGGACUCAGCAUGAGAUUUACGCGCACCCGUUCUUGCGCAGCGUCAUGGCUGGCGUUUCGUCCAUCAUGUGCAGUUACAGUACGCCUCCAUCACGAUGCUUCAACGACAUCUUGAAGCGGGAGUACGGUUUCCGAGGCUUCGUUCAAUCUGACUGGUCGGCGACCAUGUCGACCCUUUCCGCUGUCGCAGGGCUUGAUAUGACCAUGCCCGGCGACAUCACGUUUUACUCUAACGACUCCUACUUUGGAGGCAAUCUCACGAAAUAUGUGAACGAUGGGUACAUUAGCAUGGCUCGGCUGGACGACAUGGCGACGCGUAUCAUCGCUGGUUGGUACUUCCUUCACCAGGACGAGGACUACCCUGCCACGAACUUCAACACGUUCAAUCCGACUGACGAAGCGACCAACAAGCAUGUGAAUGUACAAGCGGACCAUUACAAGCUUGUAAGAGAGAUUGGCGCGGCUGGGACAGUUCUGUUGAAGAAUACAAACGGGACGCUGCCAUUGAACAAGCCGAGGAACAUGUUAUUAGUUGGAAGUGACGCGGGUCCUGGAAACUAUAUCCCUGGCGAGUUAUCCCCUGCGAGUACCAGCGGCAUUCUGGCGAUGGGCUGGGGAUCUGGGGCUGGCAACUUUCCCUACCUUAUUUCGCCUCUCGAGGGCAUCCAGCACCGUGCUCGCCAAGACGGCAGCAGCGUGUUCUGGGCCUUCGACGACUGGAACACUCCUCUUGUUAGUAUUAUGGCGUUUGGUCAGGCCGUCGCUCUAGUUUUCAUCAACUCCGACUCUGGCGAGGGUUAUAUUACUGUUGAUGGCAAUGAGGGUGACCGAAAGAACCUCACUGCCUGGAACAACGGUGAUCACCUCAUACUUGCUGUCGCUGCGCAGAACAACAAUACCAUAGUCGUCGUGAACAGCGUCGGCCCGCUCAUUGUUGAGCCCUGGAUCGAGCACCCUAACGUCACCGCCGUUGUCUGGGCUGGCAUUCAAGGACAGGAGGCCGGGAAUGCUAUUGCUGAUGUGCUCUACGGCGCAUACAACCCGUCCGGAAAACUGCCGUAUACCAUCGCCAAGGAUCCCGCCGAUUAUCCCGCACAACUCGUCACUGGUGGUUCUAGGAGCGAGAUAUUGACUAUUAAUUAUACCGAGGGGUUGUUCGUCGAUUAUCGUCACUUUGAUCAAGAAAACGAGGCGAAUAUCACGCCGCGCUUUGAGUUUGGCUUCGGCUUGAGCUACACCACGUUCUCGUAUUCCGACCUUUGCGUGGAUGCUAUUCAAUCAUUGGACGUUGGUCAGGCGGGUUUGAUCGCUGCUUGGGAGGACGGGGGAGCUUCGCCCAUUGCUGAAGGGUCUUCUGCUGCGCUUUGGCUCCAUGAGCCAGCAUUCCGGGUGACUUUCAAGGUCACGAACACUGGAUUCGUGUCUGGAACUGAGCCCCUGGAACAGAUUCCUCAGCUCUACAUCCACUACCCGUCUUCCGCCAGCGAACCUCCUUCAGUCCUUAAGGGCUUCACAAAUGUUGAAAUAGACCCGUAUGAAACAGAGCUCGCCUCGAUCACGCUCUCGCGCUACGACUUGUCUAUCUGGGACGUCGUUGCUCAGGGGUGGCGCAAACCAGACGGCCAGAUCACUACUUACUCUCAUAUUUUGGGGGUGAUUAGCGUAGCGCUAGUAAUGAAGCAUUGGUCUAUGAUGCUCCAACACGCACUUGAAUUGAAGGUGCGCGAAACGACUGUCGAGUACUGGUUGUGGUUAUAUCGGGGCGCUACUCGAGCAGGGGCGAGCGGUGGCAUCGGGCUAGAGACUGUGAAAUUGUUUUGUGCACUGGGUGCCAAUGUGACCGCACAUUAUAACUCGCAAUUUGGUCCGAUCCAGGAGCUUCUGGCUUCCAAUGCCAAUCUUCAACACGUCCAGGCGAAUCUGUCUCAAGAGGAGGCCGUAGUGGCUAUGUUCGAGUCGCUGUCUACUAUGCCUCACGGCCCCGUUCAAGUAGCCGUCGUCAACCAUGCUAUAUAUCUCACUUUAGAUGUCCCCAUUGCAAGGAUGACAUUGGAUCAGUGGAACACCACCAUAACCACGAACUUGACAUCAUCAUUCCUGGACAAGGCAGCGAUUGUGCUUAUCGGAAGUAUUUCUGGGAAGUACGGUGAAGCCAACCACGCGGACUACGCUGCGACGAAGAGCGCAAUGAUGUACGGUUUGAACCUUACACUGAAGAACGAAAUCGUGAAGAUAGCUCCCAAGGGGAGAGUCAACUGUAUUGCGCCUGGCUGGGUCAAGACACCCAUGGCUGAAGAAGCCUUGAAGGAUCCUCACAUAGUGUAUUGCGCGUUGGCUACGACUCCGCUCAAGAGGGUAGCCAUGCCGAUGGACGUCGCAACACAGAUUGCGGUCCUUGCAUCGUCUACUCUCUCUGGUCACGUCUCUGGUCAAGUAGUGAUGGUGGAUGGUGGAAUGGAGGGCUGCCUGCUAAAUACCCCAGAAGAUUUGCAGGGAUGUUAA